AUGGCAGCUCUAGUAGCCACCUUUCCCAGGCUUCCAGCCUUCGACCAGGCUCUGAACACUCACGACUUCCAAGAAAGUCGGGCGCUGUACAACAGCCUCAAGGAUGAUGCAGACCAGCCUUAUGUUGACGACACGCACAUCCAGAACCUUGCAGCCCUGUUCGUCCGCCACAACGCCGAGAACGUUUUCGGCAACCCCGACAUGCGCUGGGCCAAGCCCACAGACUCCAACAAGCUCGAAGGCUCCUCCAUCCACGGGCACAUCUUCGUCCUCACCGACAGCGGCUUCCGCGCUUACGAGUUCCAGGACGGGCCCCUACCCGACCUCACCGCCGUCGACGAGAACUUUCUUGCGGAAUUCUCCGGCUACAUCGUAGCCAAAAAUCUUACUGGGCUCAUUGGCCUCCAAGUCCUAGGGCACGAAGGCUGCAGCAACCGCAGCAUGUCCGAGCUCAUCCUCGACGAACGAAGUGGCACCGUCAUGCUGGACACGUCUCUUGUCAAGAACUGUCGCCUGGCCCGUGUCACCGGCUGGACGUUUGAGACGGUCAACGGACAGCCCCGCGUCUACCAAGCAAACGAGACGCAUACGGCCAUGGUGAAGGGAAACCACAAGGUCUUCAAUGCAGGCAAGCCUCAUCCCAAGCUAGAGAACGUGGACGACCUCAAGGCUGCUCUUUUCAGGGCUGGUGUCAUAUAA